CUGCUUCCCCCCUGUCCCACCCCCGUGAUUAUUUAUUUGUUGUAAUUACCAGCUCCGGGAAACAGGACGCAGACUUUUCUCUUCCACGUGAGCCCUGUAAAACAAGCCGCUCUUGUUGCCUCCGGGACUCCGGUCCAGUUCCAGGGGGUUAAGGGCACUCGCCCCUUGCCCUGCCCUGGGCCGCGGAGUGCGGUGCCAGCUCAGGCGAACCCCGCGGAACCGGCGGUCAGCCCCGCCGCGGCUUUCCGGCCCCUCCCUCUGCCUCCCGGGGUCCCCUCGCCUCUUCCCCCGCGGAGCCGAACGGAGCGGAGCGGAGCUGAGCGGCGGGGAGCGCGGAGCAGCCUCGGAGGUGCAAGCGCCGGACCGCCCCCGCGGAGCCCAGCGGGGCUGGUGCUGGAGCCUGUCGGGCAGCCCAGAGCUGAACCACCCGCGGAAGUGAAGCUGGAGGAGGAUCUAUAAGAAAAGGCAACUCAGGAGAACACUGCAGAUUUAGAGCUGAAUCUACAGCCUUCUAAGGAAAAAACCAAAACAAACCAACCCCAAAACAACAAAACCCAUUAAAUGUGCAAGCCUGGACCGGAGCUGUAUUUGUUUGGGAAGAGUAUGGAUAGGUACUGGAGCUGGCAGCUGAGCUGCUGGAAUGCCCUCCUGCUGGUGCUGCUGUGGACUGGCACGUCCCGUGCCCAGAGGGACUGCACGGGUGCUGAGUGCCAGCCCCUGGACAACUGCAUUGAGGAGGUGCUGGAACCCGGGGACUGCUGUGCCAGCUGCCUGCAGCACGGCUGCACCUGCGAGGGGUACCAGUACUACGACUGCGUCAAUGUCGGCUUCGUCAACGGCAAAGUGCCCGCCGGGCAGUCUUACUUCGUGGACUUCGGAAGCACCGAGUGCUCGUGCCCCAAGGGAGGGGGUAAGAUCAGCUGCCAGUUCAUGCUGUGCCCAGAGCUGCCCCCAAACUGCAUUGAUGCGGUGGUGCCGGCUGACGGGUGUCCUCAGUGUGGGAGAAUUGGGUGCCUCCACGAGGGACAGAAGUACGUGGCGGGGCACACCUUCCAUAUGCCCCCCUGCAAGGUUUGCCACUGCCCCAACGCCGGGGGUGAGCUGAUGUGCUACCAGCUUCCAGACUGCAACACCUUUGCCUUAAACACUGCCAGCCCAAUAGAUGCAGAAGAUGGUGAAGCAGACAGACACUACGAUGACCCCUACAGCUAUGACCAGGAAGCACCGGAAGGAGACAACACCCAAGUGGAGUCUCCAAAAAAAUACAGGAGUUAUUCAUCGCAGUUAGAGCAAGAGAGCAUCAGCCAAGAGCAAAAUGAGGAUUAUGACUACCUACCAGCCAGCAUUGCUCCUUCAGCUUUGGCUUCAGCUGAUCCGUACACUCAGGCAACAGCUGCACCACCCACCACCUCAGUGCCCACCGUCCCCUCUGAAUUUCCCAGCACCACAGAGAAGAGUGAGAGAAAGAGGGUACCCCACACCACUGCAGCAUCCUUCCAGCAGGUGACACAUAAGGAAGCACCCUUGACCACCGGUGUUCCUCUGGAGCACACAACAGCCACGACUGAGACACCCAAGCACCCUGAGGAACUGGAGAGGAGAUCAAAGGGGAAGCAAGGUGAGAAAGAGAGGCACGAGCAAGAAAGAGCCCCCCACUCUAAAAUCAAAAAGCAUGCCAGAAAAGAAGACCCAGGGAACAGCAUGCAGCCAGGCUUGAAAGAGGUGAACUUAACAGAGUCAAGUUGGUCAAAAUCUUCCCGUGCCACACAGGAGGGAAAUGUUUUCCCUAAGGUAAAGUUCAGUGCAACCACAUCUCCUCCUGUUGCUCUGGGGGAAGACCAAAGUCACUCAUCGCAGAAGCAGUCACAGGCACUUUACCGUUACCAGCCCGAGGAGGAUGGGGACCCUAACUCCAUUCAUGCCAACCCCAGGUUACCAGAAGGUUCUACAAAGGAAUUGAUUGAGAGCUGCUGUGGAGCUGGACAACAGUGGGCUAUAGACAAUGGAGAGUGCACAGAAAUCCCUGUAAGUGGCAUGGAUGGUGAUAUCUGCAGAAUUGCUCAGAAGCAGUGCUGUGUCUCCACAGUGAAGGAGAACAGCUGCCUGGCUGGCAUGGUGGCUGCCAAGGAAGGGGACGUGUGCGGGCCAGAGGAGAGUGAUCCCUGUGGGGGAUCAUCAUACAAGCAAUGCUGUGACUGCUGUAAUCUGGGACUGCGACUGAGGAGUGAGGGGAAAACCUGUGAGUCCAACAUAAACCUGGGCUACCCCUGCAGUCAUGUGAUGCUGUCGUGCUGUGAAGGGGGCGAUCGCUUCAUCCAGCCAGAAAUAAAGAGGCAGCCUGAACCUUUGCCAACGGUGACACCUGAGAAGGUUUCAGAGACAGAAGAUCACAAUGAAGCUUUAUCCAUCAGUAAUGAAGCUGAACUGUCCAAUAACCUGCCUGGAGAUGACCUGGAUGAAUGUCUCAUCUACGGUGGGGAACUCUGUCAGCAUUUGUGUAUAAACACCGUGGGGUCCUACAAGUGUUCCUGUUUUCCAGAAUUCACCUUGCAAGAUGAUGGGACCAGCUGCUCUCCAGAUCCUGACAGAGAACAGGUGACAAGGCUGGAAGCAGAAGCCACCAUCCCUCCAGCAGCCUCUCCUCAGCCUAUUCUUGUUGUGUCCUUACAAGAAGAGCAGGAUAAGUGUAAAGAUAAUGGCCCCUGCAAGCACAUCUGCAAUAUUGUGGAAGGAAAUGUUGUAUGCUCUUGUUUGUCUGGAUAUACUCUCAUGGCUGAUGAGAUUUCUUGUGAAGACAUCAAUGAAUGUGUGACAGAUAUGCACACCUGCCAGCGGAGAGAGCACUGCCUCAACACCAUGGGAUCCUUCAAAUGUCUCCAGGAGCUCAGCUGUCAGCCAGGUUAUGAACUUAAGGAUGGAGAAUGUGUUGAUAUUGAUGAAUGUGAAAGAGGAACUCACAGCUGUAAAGUAAAUUUUGUGUGUCAGAAUACAGAAGGAUCUUUCUACUGUGAGUCAAAGCAACGCUGUAUGGAUGGAUUUUUACAAGAUCCUGAGGGCAACUGUGUUGAUAUUAAUGAAUGCACCUCUCUCCCUGAGCCAUGUAAACCAGGGUUCAACUGCAUCAAUACUGUUGGCUCUUAUACCUGCCAAAGGAACAUUCUGACAUGCAGCAGAGGCUACCACUCCAAUGAGGAGGGAACCCGAUGUGUUGAUGUGGAUGAAUGUCAGACUGGUGUGCACCGUUGUGGUGAAGGGCAAGUUUGUCAUAAUCUUCCCGGAGCUUAUCGCUGUGACUGCAAGAUGGGCUAUCAGUACGAUUCCUUCAGCAGAAGCUGCAUUGAUAUAAAUGAGUGCUGGAAUUACCCUGGCCGCCUGUGUCAGCACACGUGUGAGAACACCCCCGGUUCCUACCACUGCACUUGUUCCUCUGGGUUCCGCUUGUCUUAUGAUGGGAAGCACUGUGAAGAUGUGAACGAAUGUGAUACCAGUCCCUGCAGCCAGGAGUGUGCCAAUGUCUACGGUUCCUAUCAGUGUUACUGCAGGCAAGGUUUCCAGCUAGCAGAGGACGGGCAUUCUUGUAAAGACAUUGAUGAGUGCACACAAAGUGCAGGCAUUCUUUGCACUUUCCGCUGUGUGAACGUUCCUGGUAGUUAUCAGUGUGCUUGUCCUGAGCAGGGAUACACCAUGGCAGCAAAUGGAAGAACCUGUCGAGAUAUCGAUGAAUGUGCCAUAGGAACCCAUAACUGUUCAGCUGCAGAGACCUGCUAUAACAUCCAGGGCAGCUUCCGCUGCCUCUCCUUUGAGUGCCCUUCCAACUACAGACAAGUGUCUGACAUGAGGUGUGAACGAAUCAGUUGUUUUAAUUACCUGGACUGCCAAAAUACCCCCGUGCGCAUUACUUAUUACCAGCUGAACUUCCAAACCAAUAUCGUGGUCCCAGCUCAUAUUUUCCGUAUUGGACCAUCCCCUGCCUACGCUGGAGACAACAUAGUCCUUACCAUCAACAAGGGGAAUGAAGAGAAUUACUUCAGCACUCGAAGGCUGAACUCGUACACAGGCAUCGUCUAUCUGCAGCGACAGGUGAAGGAGCCUAAAGACUUCUUGCUGGAUGUUGAGAUGAAACUGUGGCGUCAGGGAACAUACACCACAUUUCUUGCCAAAAUUUACAUUUUCAUCACAGCUCAUGCAUACUGAAGCGUGUAUUGACAUUGGGUUUCAUUGGUGCUAUGCUCUUUAACUGUUCUACCAAAGCUUAAUACUGUCGAACUGGCAUUUAAUGUAUCUAGCCUUUAUAUUAUUUUUCUAUCAUUGCUUUAAACUUUUUUAUUGGUUGUGUAAAUUAAGUUAAUUUUUAUCUUUUUUUUUUCUUACGUAAUUCUGUACAUCAUUUGACAAUGAGGAAAGGAAGGGUUAGAAAGGCAGUACAUACAUUGUGUUAAGUGCUGGAACCUUUUCAUAGAACUUGUUUUUAGGUUUAGUCACAUCUGCAGGGUAUUGCACUAGAGAGGAAAGAUGUUCACUUGGGGGUGUUGGGUUUUGCCAUUAAGGGAGCAAUUACUUUGAGUAGUUUUUCCUUAUUACACAACAGCUUUGGCUUUGCCACUGACUUUGCUGGGGUUUCUCUGGGUUUCAUCUGGGUUGAGAUGCUGUGUCAAAAGCUGUACAUGUACACUGAGGUCACUAACCUCAUCGCACCAGUUUACUUUCCUCCUUCCAACUUUCCUAAUAUGUUGCCUAAAAUAUAUAUAUAAAUAAAAGAAAACUCCACCAGUGGAAAAAAAAAACAAACAACCCACCUAUGAAUAAGUCUUGCUUUAGUAAGACUACUCACAGGCUAAGUACUGCAAGACCAUGUAAAAACUCGCAUUGCCAUUUUUAGUAGUUGUCUUUAAAACUGCUGGGAUUCCUCUCUGUACAGACUCCUGCUAUGUAGGUAAAUAUAAGUGCAGGUUCUUAAAUUAAAAGUGCAUUCUUAAAGGAAUGUCCAAGAUGAAAAAUGGAAAUAAUGAAAUAAUCAAUUUCUGCUCCUUAUUUUAAAGCUUGGUUGUGCCACCAAGAAAUCACUUGCAAUUUUAAAUAAACAAAAAGUGGAGUUGCUUCUCUUCUUCAGGAGGACUACCUCUGUUGCAUUACUAAAUGAUGUAGAGGAAAAUGCUUGUUAAAUUGGUGGUUUGUAUUAUGCCAUUUAGAAAAUAUCACAACCCAAGUUUUGAGCUGGGUUUCCUCUAGUUCUAUAGGAAACUGGAUGAGGGCCAAACCUGAAGACCAGAUGUGGCAAAGCAUAGUAUAAUUGAAGUAUUUUUUAGACUUUAGAAAUUAAUAUCAGAACUUCUUCAUGUCUGCUUCUUUUUGUUCCUCCCUCAAAAAAGAAAAAAGCUGCAGUGUUGAAACUUUCUGAGCUUCCUUUGUUCCAGCUACAAUUAUUCUGCAAAAUGUUUUAAAGGAAAAACAUAGCUACAAUAUAUUGCUGUUUAUAACCCUGCAGUUUCAUAAUAGAAUCAUUGAAUACCAGGUUGGAAAAUUACCUUAAGGAUCAUCAGGUCCAGCCUUUCUUGGCAAAAUAAUAAUCUUUUCUACAGCUGAUCUUAUUUUGACCAGUGUGGACACAAAAAAAAAAAAAAAAAAAAAAAAGUGGAGAAAUAAAAUCUUAUGGCUUUUCAUGCCAUAAUCAUAAAUUUCAUUAUAAUGCAAAAUAUUUCAUUGAACUGCAUCCAAAAAUCUUGUAAACACCACCUCUAUGGUGAGAGGGGAGGAGUUCUGUAUUCACUACACUGCAAGGCCAAUUCCUACCAUUUUGAGUAAUUUCUUUAAUUUGGACUCUAUAACUGAUAGUAAUGUGUAAAUCUUGCUGUAUCUGAUACCAUAGAGACCCACUACCAGGCAAAAAUUAUUGAUGUUCCCCAGCUGUAAAAUAUGGGAUAUCAGUGA